AAUAAAUAAAAAAUGUCAACAAAUGAAACGAAAAAAGUUUUAUUGGCCUCUACUGAUUUGUUCAACGCGAAAAAAUCGGAUAAAUCAGCAGAAAACUUUAAAAUAUAACAAAAUCGAUUUGCAAUACAAGCAAAACUGUUAGAUUUUUUAGCGAACACUGGGUGAGCAUUUAAAUUAGUUGGCAGCCCUGGUCUGUGGCUACAUUUUCGCGCCAAGCAUGUGUCAUAGUUUACUUUGCGCCUUAAAGUAGGCACUGAUUAUCAAGCAGCCAUGCCAGCAAUCAUGCCAGCAGUACUAUGCUGGUCGCCUGGUAUUUUUCAUGAAUAUCGAGUUUGCGCAACAAAUUUUUUUCCCCGAUCGGGAUCAUCGAUAUCGUUCGAUAAUAGACACAUCGAUGGAUAUACUUACUAUAUUACUAUUAAAAAAGGAAACUGAAAAUUAGAAAAUGGCAAAUGUUUAGCGAUAUUUCAGUGCUAUACGCGUAAAUAUAUUACAAUAUUAACGCUACAUUUCGUUCGAGAGGCACUUUUGCAUGGAAAACCAAUAUUAUGGAUUUUGGCUUGAAGGGAACUUCAUAUAAUUUGGCAUAGUAAAAGUCGUGAGUAAUUAUUUUUAGUUUGUAUGCAUUUAUUUUUUUUUUUAAGUUUAUUUACACGCAUUAAAUAUUUUACAAAUUUUGCUAUUUUCUUGUUAAUAACAAAGCAUGUGUUAGGAACUUAAAUGCAAGCCAACAUCAUCCUCAAGCAUAAUAAAGAACACCCUCUACACCAUUCAACAUUAAACAUUACAUUUCCUUUAAUAAUGAUCAAAUUUUCACCUUUCUCUUCCGCACAGCAGCUUCCCACCCACCAAUACCAACUAAGUCGGCUUUCGAGCCGCCACCACCGCAUGUUAAAGGCAUACUCAAAUCGAAAUCCGGCUGUGUUGGCUUCAUGCCCAUGGACUUGAGUUCCGAGCUAAAGAAUCGACUGAAUAGCUCAACACAUGCCUCUGUAUCAAAUCUACGCAAAUCGGCAACAAUGCAUGAUGCCACGCGCACAAAACAAAGUGGCGAGGAGCACACUGCCGCGCCAAAACACGACGAUGCACUCAGCCUGGUGCGUAACCUCUCGAAUUUAGGGCGUCCACCAACGCUUGGUGCAGGAGGCGGCGGCAGCAGUGGCAGUGGUGAUGGCGGCGGUGCUGCGGGCUUGAGAGCUGCUGCUGAUACGAUCGCGUCAACGUCGGAAGGUGAAAGUUCGGGCGGUCGUGAAAUAUCGGAAAUAAUUAAAAAUAGCGCAGUUGCACGUCGACGCAAGCUGAAUGAUGGCUACCUAGCUAAAGUGAAACCAACAGCAAAAUUUUGGCCGUAUCAAUUUAAGCCACAACAACCACCUCCACAGCACGAACAAACUUGAACAAUGCUUAAAAUGUAACAUAAGCCUGAAAUGACAAUGCCUAAACGUUCUUUGCGAGUCCUAUACGAAAAAUAAGUUUUCGAAUUUUUCACGCUUAAAAUAAAUGAAUAUAAAUAUAUACCAUUGUGUGUGUAAACUAAUUAUUGUAAGAGUUUAUGCAAAUACAUAUAAUGUAAAAAAUGAAGUUUUUUUAACAUUAA